CUCAUUUGCUUCAAAUAUGCACGCAAAAUGAUUGACUAUACACUUCAAACCUUUUUAAAAUUACUGUCAGAAUGACACAAUAAUAAUUCAGAAAUUUUCGGUAAAGCAUACAAAAAAAUCAAAAUUUUCGUUUUUCAUGUAAUAAAAUAAUAUAAACGUAACUGGCACAAUGGGCGAUGAAGAAGAUGCUGAAGAUAAGUGCAUUUGCGAGUAUUUGAAAAAAAGAGACCGUUUGGUACUGUUGGAUAAGAAUUUCUCCGUAGGUAGUCAAAUAAAAUUUACGCAACGCGAAGCGAUAGUUAACGAGUAUUUGAUGAAAUUGAAGAAGGAAGAAAUGGAUAGGGGGUUUGCGAGACCUGAACGUUUCCUACCGUGCAACCAUUUUUUCACAUCUCGAGAAAAAAUAGAACGAUCUAAGGUGUUUCAAUUCAUAAAAGCGAUGCCGAAAGGUGGAUCAUUGCACAGCCACGAUUUGGGCAUGGCUUCUGCCGAAUACCUGUAUUCUCUGACGUACAAAGAAAAUUUGUACGCCCUACGCAAAGGCGACGAUCUCUUUUUGCAGUUCUUUAAAAAGAAAAAAGUACCCAAAAACGAAGAAUGGACGUUGGUGAGCGAGUUGAGAGAAAACGACACGGAAGGUGAAUUCGAAGAGUUCCUAAAAUCCAAGAUGACUCUAAAAUGCGAAGAUCCGGACGCCGCCUAUCCCGAUUCGGAUGCAGCAUGGAAAGUGUUCCAAGCUUUAUUCAUUAACAUAGAAAAAUUAAUAACUUACAAACCCGUAUUUCAAGAAUAUUUCUACCAAACGUUGAAAGAGGCCUACGAAGAGAACGUUAAAUAUUUCGAAUUCAGAGGUUACUUACCCGACGUUUACGACUUGGACGGGAAAAUUUACAAAGACGCCGAAGUGAUUUGCCUGUAUUGGGAAACGUUGACGAAAUUCGUGUGCGAUUACGUCGAUUUCACCGGCUGCAAAUUCAUCUACGCCCCGCACAGGUUAGUCGAUAAGGACGCCGUGAACGAAUACGUCAGAAUAUACAAAUGCGUCAAAGAAAAAUUCCCGCGAUUUAUCGCCGGCUUCGAUUUGGUGGGUCAAGAGGACCAGGGAGCGCCGUUACUCAACUUCCUAGCGCAGCUGUUGCAGUUGAAAGAGUGCGGUUGUAAAUUUUUCUUUCACGCCGGAGAGACUCUGUGGAAUGGCCAGCCGACCGAUUUGAAUUUAGUCGACGCUGUUAUGAUGAGAUCCACGCGAAUUGGCCACGGAUACGCUCUACUGAAACAUCCCCUGUUGUGCAAUCUGGUCAAAGAGCGAGGAAUAGGCGUCGAGAUAGCGCCCAUUUCCAAUCAAGUGCUGAAACUAUCGGGAGACAUCAGGAAUCAUCCGGGUUGCGUGAUGUUGGCCAAUAAUUUUCCGGUUGUUAUCGUGAACGAUGAUCCAUCGCUUUGGGGCGGAAAAGGCAUUUCGUACGACUGGUACAUGGCCUUUAUGGGCAUGUGCAAUAAAGAUGCCGAUCUGAAGGUUCUGAAGCAAUUGGCGAUCAAUUCCCUCAAGUACAGCGGUAUGGAUUGCGACGAGAAAGAGGUGGCUUUCGCUCAAUUUAACUGCGAUUGGAAUAAAUUUUUGACGAAAGUAUUGAGAGGUUGUGAAUGUUGUGCACUUAAUAAAGAUUGCGAGUAAUAAUUCCUAAGCAAUUUAAUUAUUUGCUCAAUUUAUGACGGUAAAAAAUAUUC